ACACACACACUCACAUAGAGAGGCUGAGCACAAGGAGACAGACAGACACCUCCCCCCUGAUCAUCUGGGACAUCCUACACACUACACCAUUGAUCCCCCUUGCAACACUCUAUCCCCUAAAUCAAUAGGACUGAUCGGGGUUCCCUCUUUAUUGCGCAAGGGAUUGCUGCAAGAAGGGGGGUAGUAUUCAGGGGGGUGGGAGGGGUGCACGUUAUUUUGGGGGGUGGAGGUAGAUCCUCCUGCUGAUUGCUAUGGAGUAUUUCAUGAUGCCCGCGCAGAAAGUACCCUCCUUGCAACACUUCAGGAAGACGGAGAAAGAAGUCAUUGGGGGGCUGUGCAGCUUGGCCAACAUCCCACUCACGCCGGAGACGCAGCGAGACCAGGAGCGAAGGAUCCGGCGCGAAAUCGCCAACAGCAAUGAACGACGCCGAAUGCAGAGUAUUAAUGCCGGCUUCCAGUCUCUGAAAACCCUUAUACCUCAUACUGAUGGGGAAAAAUUAAGCAAGGCAGCGAUCUUACAGCAAACCGCGGAGUAUAUAUUCUCUUUGGAGCAGGAGAAGACUCGGUUACUGCAGCAGAACACUCAGCUUAAGAGGUUCAUCCAGGAAUUCAACGGCUCAUCCCCCAAACGGCGGAGAGCGGAGGAUAAAGAUGAGGGUAUCGGCUCGCCGGAUAUCUGGGAGGAGGAAAAGGCAGACGAUCUGCGGAGGGAAAUGAUUGAGCUCAGGCAGCAGCUCGACAAAGAACGGUCUGUGAGGAUGAUGCUGGAGGAACAGGUGCGGGCCCUGGAGGCGCACAUGUACCCUGAGAAGCUAAAGGCGAUUGCUCAGCAAAUCCAACAAGAGGAAGAGGGGGGGCAGACACAGGGGGAGCAGCACAAGGCACUGGAGAGGAGCGAGCAGCACUUCCACUCCCAGCUCCUGCAACCACAUCUGCCCCUGGCGCCCACUCACCAUCCCACUGUCAUCGUACCCGCACCACCUCCCCCCUCUCAUCACGUCAACGUUGUGACUUUGGGGCAUUCAUCCGUAAUCAGCUCAGUGUCCACGUCCCGGCAGAAUCUGGACACCAUUGUGCAGGCCAUACAGCAUAUUGAAGGCACACGAGAGAAACAGCUGCAGGAAGAGGAGCAGCGGAGGGCGGUUAUUGUAAACGCUCCACGUCCUUGUGGUGAUUCUGACACCGCGUCCGAUACAGAAUGCGAUGAAAGCGAUGGGGAACAAAGCAAGGAUGACAUGAUGGGCGACCACUGACAUCCACUGCCUUACCCCAAAAAGGGAGCGCAACCAAGAGACUGUGGGGAUUGUAGGGGAAGAGGCAGCGAGGUUACGUGAGGUGAUUAUCAUGGGCUUGCUUCCCGUCUUCCAGCCUUCUUCCCAAAUCAGUAGUGUGUUGAUUGGGGCAGUUCCAAUUCUGACCUCUAAGAUACUGUAAUACAUUGCGGAAGAAUGGGUUAAAGCACUAAGGGAUUGACCUGGUCUAAGUCAAAAACGCAAGGGAUUCUGGGAGGAGUGACUGUGGAGGAGGUGCUCAUAAAUAGAUCUCUAAAGGGUUAAAGCAGCAGUCCCUCCUUUUUUUGUUUGUGGGGAUAAAGUAAAGAGACCCUUUUUUCAUAAGGUAGAGUUUGAAAGUUACAGUCUGCACUUGUCUUAAACGUUUUUUUGUUGGAGAAAUGUUUUGGUAUAUUGAGUAUUCAAAAUGUUCGCUCUAGUAGAGAUUAUAAAGAAACCACACAAUUUAUACACACUUUAUAUUUCUAUAUUUUUAUAGAUCAAGUGUGCGCGUGUGUGUGAGAAUUUCAUAUAAAAUGUGUUCUGGCCACAUCAUAGUCUGUCUAUGCACCAUAACCACUACUGCACUCUGUAGUGGUUGUGGUGACCCUUUUAUUUGGCUUAUUCUUGUCUGAUAUUGGCCCAAAGACAGCUGGUCAAGGCUUAAAAAACAAAACUUUAAACCAAAGAUAAAUCAUAAAUUGGUAUCUUAUAUAUAUAUUUUUUUUUAUUAUUGGCAACAGAAUUCGACUUGCAAUGUAUCGUAAUGCAUUUGGAUUAGGGCAUUGAAGGGAAUAGUAUUUUUCCCCUUUUUAAAACAAAAGCAUGAACCCUCCUUUUAGCAGAAGAAUUCUGUUUUUUUUUUUUUUUU